GGUGGCCGGGCUGCUGCUGCUGAGACUCCUGUACGUAGGGAUACAAAAACCCCCGCAACACCCACACACGGCCGACCCGGGGCUCCCCACUAACCUAAAACACGCGUUUCCAUGCUCGAUCUCACCACACGCGUGACUGGAACAAAGCGGACGGCAGCUGGGCUGAAGAUAUGAAGCAAAGUUGUAGGUUUUUUAUCAGUAAAAUCUACUAGUAUGCUUUUCAAUGUGAAAUUUAUGGAUGUUACAGGAUGAAACGUCACAGGUCGUCUAGCAGCAGUGACAGUUCUGACAAUGAAAGCCCUUCAACGUCCUUUUGCUCCUCAAACAAGUAUGGAAGUAAAUCUGGAACCCCGGCCUCCAACCCAAAGAAACCAGCUGAAGUGUUCAGAAAAGACCUGAUCAGUGCCAUGAAGCUGCCGGACUCCCACCAUGUCUCUCCAGAGGACUACUACCUGUUGGCAGACACCUGGAAGCAGGAGUGGGAGAAGGGAGUCCAGGUCCCAGCAAGUCCAGACAGCAUCCCCCAGCCGUCAGUCAGAGUUCUCACAGAGAAGUCCAAAGAAGUGCUUUACAGUCACCAGAGGAAGUAUAUCCAGUGUUCGGGCCCGGAAGCAACAGAGCCCGGUUAUGUGAACAUCAAGGAGCUGGCGGAGGCCAUGUGUCGCUACGAUCUGGAUGACAUGGACCUCUACUGGCUGCACGCACUCAAUCGGGAGCUGCACCGCGUGGGGGAGGAGCCCAUAGAUGAGCUGAUGAUGGAAAGAGCCAUGGAGGCCCUGGAGAGGCAGUGCCAUGACAACAUGAAGCACGCCAUCCAGACAGUGGAAGGUCUGGGGAUUGAAUACGACGAGGACGUCAUCUGCGACGUGUGCCGCUCCCCCGACAGCGAGGAAGGGAACGACAUGGUGUUCUGUGACAAGUGCAACAUCUGCGUGCACCAGGCUUGUUACGGCAUCGUCAAAGUGCCUGUUGGAAACUGGCUCUGCAGGACGUGCGUCCUCGGCAUCGACCCGCAGUGCCUGUUGUGUCCACAGAAGGGCGGCGCCAUGAAAGCCACACGUGCCGGAACCAAGUGGGCGCACGUAAGCUGUGCCCUGUGGAUACCAGAGGUGAGCAUUGCUUGUCCCGAGCGGAUGGAGCCCAUCACUAAAGUCUCCCACAUCCCACCCAGUCGCUGGUCCCUCAUCUGCAGUCUGUGUAAACUAAAGACUGGUGCAUGUAUCCAGUGUUCGGUAAAAAACUGCACCACUCCUUUCCAUGUGACAUGUGCCUUUGAGCACAGCCUGGAGAUGAAGACCAUCCUGGAUGAGGGGGAUGAAGUUAAAUUCAAGUCUUUCUGCCUCAAGCACAGCAAGUCUAAAUCUGGGGAGACGGGUCUGAGUCCGGCUCGCUCCAAAAACCCCGUCGAGGGAGGGAAGGGGGGUCAGCGGGCGCAGAGACUGCAGGAGCUGGAGGAGGAGUUCUACUCUCUGAUCCAGCUGCAGGAGCUGGUGCAGGCCCUCGGGCUCUCCGAGCGCCUGGUGGACUUUAUCUACCAGUACUGGAAGCUGAAGAGGAAAUCCAACUUCAACAAAGCUCUGCUGCCCCCUAAAGAGGAAGAGGAGAACAUGGUGCUGCAGCCUCAGGAGGACAGUAUCCACACACGCAUGCGGAUGUUCAUGCAUCUGCGUCAGGAUUUGGAGCGGGUGAGGAAUUUGUGUUACAUGGUGAGUCGGCGGGAGAAGCUGAAGCUGCUGCAGAGUAAAGCUCAGGAGCAGAUGUUCAACCUGCACGUGAAGCUCAUCAACCAAGAGCUGUCUGCUGGGCUUCCUGCUUCAUUUCCAGUGGAGAAUAUGCUGUUUAAUCCUCCUCCACGGAUUACUCUUAAGCUGAAAAUGCCCAAAGCUUCCCAAAGUCUUGGAAAUAGAAAUUCUUGUCCUAAAUCUGGCAACGGGCCUCUCUCCCAAGACAACAGCUGUAAUGUUACGGAGCAUGCUGUGGAAGGACUCGGCCAGGGCAAACCUCAGCUGCACGGCCUCAAAGAGGAGCGCUCCAACAGUCGACUCUCGUCCUCAAGCCACUCGGCCGGCGCGUCCCCGGCAGUUAAACCAAGUGGCAAACCUUUAGCUUUGCACGCCGCGCUCCAUGGCCAUUCUUCCAACAGUAAUGGCAAACUGGACCAAGAUCGAGCGUGCAUGCCCAAGUCGAAUGGUCUCUUAGAAAAAUUGAUGGCUCAGAAGGACAGCUCUUGCCAGACACCCAAAGACAACCGAGACGCUUCCAAGGAAGCGUUGGACAAGAGCAACUUUCGCAAGUCUGCCAUGGAACAGUUUGGCAGGUCCUUCAAAGAGGCAACAAUCAACUUAGUACGGACAACGGAGGACCUGCGGGUCUCUGACAAACUGUCUCGAAAGGGCUCGGCCAAGGAGAGGCUGUGGGAAAAACCUGCGCCCGAGCACAAAGUGAAGAGCUUGCGGUCGUACCAGGACAGUGAUGGGUACUGCCCUGACCUAGAACUCAGCGAUUCAGAGCCAGAAGCCAAAGGGAGACUGAGACGGCAGGCCGGGCUUCUGCAACCAGAUGCUCAGAGGAAAGGAAAGCAGACACUGACCUCCAGACACACCGUGCAAAGGUGACGGCUGUUUCAUGAUGAUGAUGAUGAUGAUGAUGUCAACGAUGUCUCCAGACCUUCUGGCCGUGUAGCGAGCAGGUCAUCUCUAUCAGGGACCAAACCAAGCCUCAGUGCUGACGGUGCUGUAAACAUGAAACAGAAGACACAAAACGAGGACUGUGUGAAGAAUAUUUUUUUUAAGGAAUAUUAGGAGGAGUAAAGAACAGUGUGGGGUUAGGAGGAACAAGUAAGUCUGUUGUAUGAGAUUAUUCUACUUGCCUUUCAAUUGCAGCCACGUUUACAGUUAUAUUCCACAAUCAAAACAACCUUUCCCCACACGCUGGUUGAGUUGUCUUUGAAACUGCUGUACGUUGGAUGUUCAAAUUGGGAUGUACAUUGUGUGUACCUUGAAAACAAAGUAACUCAGUUUUGUUGUUACUUUAACGACUGUUCCCAGGAAUUCCAACAUUUGACUGAACUAAAUUUUGUAUUGAGCUUGUGUCAUCUGCUGCACAUUAUGUGUCAUAGUUUCCCUCUUUCGUCACAGGUGAGAUGUUUUUACAUUCGUCAACUGGAUAUGUAGAUUGUUUUAUUUUAUAUUUGGUUUUGUUGUUUGUUUUAAACAAAACUGCUUUCUUUUUUUAUUUAAUGUUUAACAGUACAACACCUUUUUGUUUUCCAAAACAUCCUGGUCAGAGAAAAUAACUCAUGAACACUACAGUAUGUGUCAAAAUGAUUAAAAUGUAGGAAAGUAUAUUUACAUUCCAAGAUGUGUCCUUUAGUAACAAAGACAGAUGCAUAUGGGUGGGUGAUGGUGGCAGUCAGAUUGCUUUCAUUUCUGGUCUCAGCUCAUCACAUGAACACCCUGCAUUAUCACAGACUUUAAAUUGUGAACACUAGCUGUGGGAUAUGCAUAUUUGCGGUCUUUGCUGUUGCUUGUUUCCAUUGAUUUGACAAUAAACUGCCAUGACUGGUUCAU